AUGAGCCCCAACUCUCGUGCCAAUUUUGUCCAUGUCCAUCUUGAAGAAAUCCGUCUGAUUGCGAUCCAAGCCGUACAGAACAUAGGCGGUCUCAGGCCACUGAGACUCUACUCGGCAACUGUCGACGGAACCUGGACAAGUAGUAGUUUGUGCCCGGAAAGGGUCUUCUUGACUCACAUCCCUCUCCUCACUUGGCGCACUCCAGAAGACGCCACCGCUGCAAUUAUCCAAUUCCGCCUGAAUUUGGCCUUAAACAGCAGCACCAGCCACCACCAAUUCUGUUUUCUAGAAAACGAAGCCGCUGCCGGCGACAGUGAAGCACAAACAGCAGUUUAUGACCGUGAUUUAUUAGGCACAAACAGCAGCUUUUGGUCCACUUACAUUGAUUUUGCUGGAAAGGAUGUGGAGUUUUCUAAUGUUUGUAUUUUGUGUUUGACUUUUCGAUGCGGAUUUACCGUUACUGCCGUUGCGCGGCGAAUCUAUAUUGAAGAAGACGCCACCGCUGCAAUUAUCCAAUUCCGCCUGAAUUUGGCCUUAAACAGCAGCACCAGCCACCACCAAUUCUGUUUUCUCGAAAACGGAGCCGCUGCCGGCGACGGUGGAGCACCCAGUUACAUCCCGGAUCUCAAUGUCUCGCCGCCUGAUGAGACGGCCCCGGCGAAGGAGUUCGUCGGAGUAAUCAAGAGCCAGAACAUCUCCCGGCUGACUGAUUAUGUGGUUCGGUACCUGGGUGAGCACGGGAGUGAGGAGGAGGUAGCGGAGUACAGGAAGAUUCUGAGUACCAAAAGUGAAGCCGAAAUCGGAAACCUGGAUUCGAUUCGGAUCUGGAAUAUUCUCACCCUGGAAGCCGAAAUUCAGAACGCGCUCAUAGCGAAAGGCCUCGUGGAGACCCCAAUGCGCUUCGACGACCUUGAGUUCCCGCCGCCGCAGGAGCUGCUUCCAAUUCCUGAAAAAGGCAGGAAGGGCGCCAAGAAGGCCCGGUACUGUGGGGUUUUUGGUAUGGAUGAGGCCAAAUCACCAAAUUCCUGA